GCUGGGCAGAGGCUGUUGGAGCUUUAGCAAGUCAGCUCAGGCUGGUUAAAUUCUGGGGUCCACCCGUGCCAGGCUGGACUAGGGGCAGAGAGGAAGCAAGACCAUGGAGAGGAAGAUGCAGUCUGUGCUGUGGAUGCUCUGGGCAGUCUGGGUGACUGUCCAUGCCAUCUCUGUGGAAACCCCAAAGGAUGUUCUUCGAGCUGCUCGGGGAAAGAGCGUUACCCUUCCAUGCACCUACCACACUUCCUCCCUCAGCCGAGAAGGAUUUAUCCAAUGGGACAAGCUUCUAAAGAGCCACACGGAAAGGGUGCUCAUCUGGACCUUUUCGACCAAAACCUACAUCUACGGUGAACUUUAUCAGAACCGUGUCAACGUAUCGAGCAGUGUAGAGCAGUCAGAUGCCUCGGUCACCAUUGACCAGUUGACCAUGGACGACAAUGGCACCUACGAGUGCUCGGUCUCGCUGCUGUCGGACCUGGACGGCACCUCCAAGUCCCGUGUCCGCCUCCUGGUCCUCGUGCCACCCUCCAAGCCCGACUGCGGCAUCGAGGGAGAGACUGUGAUUGGGAACAACAUUCAGCUGACCUGCCAAUCACAGGAGGGCUCCCCAGCCCCUCAGUACAGCUGGAAGAGCUAUGAUGUCCUGCACCAGGAGCGGCAAGUCCCACCAGUCACAGGACAGACCUUCACUCUGAAGAACAUCUCCACAGAGAUGUCGGGUUACUACAUCUGCACCUCCAGCAAUGAGGUGGGGACGGAGUCCUGCAACAUCACCGUGGCUGUCAGAUAUCCCUCCAUGAACGUGGCCCUGUACGCGGGCAUCGCGGGCGGCGCGGUUGCGGCCCUCAUCGUCAUCGGCGUCAUCGUCUACUGCUGCUGCUGCCGCGAGAGGAGCGAGGCCAAGGACGCCGAGGUGGCGCGGCGGGACCGGGUGGCCUACCACAAGCCGCCAGAGCAGGCGCCAGAGCUUUCCGGAGAAGAGGAAGAGGAGGACUACAGGCACGAGGACGACUACAGGCACGAAGGCCAGAGGGACACCGGCCGGGAGUCUGACCAGGAGGGCCGAUGACCGGGGCCUGCUGCAGGCUGGGGUCAGGGGAGGACUCGGGGUUCAUUCUCCUGCCUGCCUGUCCCCCUCUCCUCUCCAAGCCCCACUUUUCUGACCCUUCGUCCCAGCCAUUGCUGGGAUGCUUUUUCCCCAGGGUCAGCUGUUCGAGGACUUGGCUUGGCCUGGCAAGGGACUCUCACUUGUGCGUGACCCUGCCAAGGGCCCUCCCCUGCGAAAGGACCCUCCCACUGCGGAGCGGCUCAGGGCCCCGCCCUCACCCUGGACUUGUUCGCAGCCUCCACCUCCCCCUGUAGCUGGCAGGACCCCCAGAAGGGCAGCACUGAGCACGGGUGCUCUGGCUCCUGAACACCCCAGCGGGGAGCUGCCCUGCCCGCCUGCGUGCCCAGCACCUAGGGGAACAACACUUGGCAGAGGGUUGGCAACCGGUACAUCUUUGUGGAAUGAAUGAAUCAAUGAGCACAUAAAGUAGUCCCUUUAUUUCUCCAACUUCAGGGCAAACUCCUUGCUUUGGAUCCACGUUGGCCUGGCCUCAAGCUCCCUUUCCAGCCCCAUCUCCCACAGCUUUGCUGAACAUUGCAGACCCUCCCUGCGAGGGUCACCCCAUUUCGCGCUGCAUACUCCCUCGCGGGGCUUUGCUUUCUUUGUCUGGCCGGGAACCCCCUCACGGUUUCCAUCUCUGCCAGGUCAAAUCCUACCUGUCCCUCCAGGCCCGUCUCAAAUCCCAGCGAAUUCUGUGGCCCCAUCCUGAUCUCCCGCAUGUCUGUGGACAAUCUUGUCACUCUGUCCCUCACCCAUCAUGGGCCACCUGGCACAGUUCUCUGAGCGUGUCUCUCCGCCUGUGUUAUAGUGUGAGCUCCUGGGGACAGGACCUGGGCCUCACCCUGCCCCCUCUGCUUUCCCCAGGCACCCCCACAGCCCACAGCCCUCCUCGCUGGUGCUCAAUCCAGCUUAACUUGGGAAACUGCUUUGAUAGGCUGGGCCUUCCCCUCUCUGGUCUCCCUGCUAGGAUUGCAGACACAAAGAUGACCCCCACCCAAACCCACUUGCUAGUUUCGUGAGUUAAGAAGGAGAUGGCUUAAAUGAACACACACACGUGCACGCGCACACACAGGAGCUAGUUUGCAGCUGGCCCUGGAUUCUCAUGUCAUAGUGAUUCCUCUCAAGGCCAGAGUAUCUGACAUGCCCACCUCUACUUCCUGAUACCUCAUUCUUGCCUUGUUCUGCUCCUUCCUGGCUCAGCUGGGCUGCUGGCUCUGCUUUGCUGGCUCGGCUGUCUUCCUGCGCCUCCCACGGCCUCUUCCCUGUUGACUAUUUCCUCCGCUCUUAAGAUCUCAGGCUAUGUCAUGGCUGCUUGGGUCUUGUAGCCCAGUGGGUAGUCUUACCCAAAUGCAAUUCCCUAGUAAGUAAACACUGUUGGGUUUUUUUUUCCCCCCGGAUGAUCAGAAAAGCAGUUCUGUAAAUAUGUUGUCCAUCUGUGAUUAAAAAAUAUAGAUUUUAUAUAUUUUGUUAAAUUCUCUACUUCAUUCAAA